UAGUUACAGCUAACGCGUAACGCAGCUUGCUCGCAUCCACAAAGCUCCUGAAACCUGGUGAAAAUGAAAAACCUCAACUGGAAAAGCUUUCAGUCGUAUCGUGAAACUGAAAAUCAACGAUAGUACGCCAGAGCGAGAGAGAGAGACUGAGCGAGCGCGGCGCGGGCGGGGGCGCGGCGGCUCGAGGGCGCGCAUCGAUUAUUCGGCGCUCGACCUCCGUGGCGCUCGGACGUGUGUCAACACGAGUGGCGCCCGACGCGAUCGCGGCAGCGGGAGAUGCUUCACCAGCCUCCCACGAGGAUCUCGACCAUGAGUAUUGAAGUUUGUGCGUGAGUGUCGUGCCGGUGACAGUGACUUCGCAUGCGGUGACGGCGGUGAUGAAGAGUUGAAGGCUCGGGCUGAUCCUCCGCCAUGGGCAACUCCUGCAGCUCCGGGCAGGCCCACAAGGACAAGGACAACGUCUCGCAGCAGUCGGAAGAAUCGCACUGUUGCGCCCGCAGGUCGCCGUCGUACCGCGUGGCCAAGCCGCCGGUGGAGGAGGCGGCUCCCGAACGCAGCCAGCCACUGCUGGAACCUACUGCCCCCGCCAAGGACAAGAAGCCUCUGCGCGGGCCUAGGACCGUCGCUUCUAGCGUGUCUGACUCCAUCUCGCUCUCCUCCCCCGUGGCAACAUGCGCGUCCCCCAAGGAGCUCGAAGGGCCGCCAGCGCCGGUGCCAGUAGCCUCCCUGCCCGAGGAACACCGCGCCGCGCUGCUGGGCCGGCUGCCGGCGCAGCGGGCGAGGAGGCGGCAGGCGAUGCUGAUCUAUGUGUGCGCUGCGGACUCGCAAGACUGCUGCUCCGAGAAAGGCGCGCUCCAAUGCGGGGCGGCGGCCCGGCUGCGGGUGCGGGCGCGGCGCCGCGGCUGGCGCGUGCACGUGGCCGACCUGCACUGGCGGUCCCCUCUGGAGCAGCAGCGGGACCAUCGCUUCCCGCAGCUUUGCACUGCUGAGCUGGCUCGUCAAUCCGAGCUGGGCGCAGUGGUACCAGUUCUAUUCCUCAACUCGGGUCUGGGCACGCCGCUGUUGCCGCACACGCUGGAGUCCGCCGACUUCCAGGCGGCGUUGGAGGCGGCCACCGAUGAGAAUGAUAAGGCGCUGUUGAAUAAAUGGUACACCCACGACGCGGGCGCCACGCCCCCCUGCCGGCGCCUGGUGCGCGGCGCGGCGGCGCGCUGGCGCCGGGAGAUGGCCAAGGCACUGGAUGUGUUAGUCAGGACUCUGCCACAGGAGGCUUGCGAUGCUUAUCUUACUACUGUUGUUGAACAGGAGAUCCAGCACACAGUCCUAAUGUCCGUCGAAGCGGCGCGGCGCUGCGUGUGGGUCUGCCGAGCGGGGGGCGGGGGCGCGGGCGCGGGGGCGGGCGGGGUCGACGCCCCCGACGCGGCGCACCAGCACGAGCUCACGCGCCGGCUGACGCAUCUGCAGCAUCAGUUGAAGCAACACCUAACCGAGCGCAACAUCAUCCGCGCGUCCAUCCGCGGCCGCGCGGCUCCCGGUGGCGAGGACGAGUACACGGAGGGCGUCCGACAGGCGCUCGGGGACCGCCUGGACGCGCUGUUGGACGCCCUCGUGGCCGACAGUGAGGUGCCGGCCGGGUAUAAUGGGAUACCUGCCAGCAUAUUUGAAGAGCUGAACGAACAUCUCACGUUCUGCCAGAAAGCCGCCCAGAGCACGUCCAACCGGGAAAUCACCCUCAACGAGCUCAAAGCUUACGUAACGGGCGACAGCACGGUGCCGCUGGCGCUGAUCGGCGGCGCGGGCUGCGGCAAGGCCACGCUGGUGGCGCGCGCCGCCGCGCUGGCGCCCUCCUGGCAGCACGACCGCGCCGUGCUCAUCAGGUUCGUCGGUCUGACAUCGCAGUCGAGCAGCUCGCACCUGCUGCUCAAGUCCAUCGUGGACCAGUGCCACAUCCUGCACACCGGCACCGUGUACCGGGGACGGAAUGACGUGGCCUCCCUUUCCGCGGCCCUCCCCCGGCUGCUGGAGCGGCUGGGCCGGCGCCGCCCGCUGCUGCUGGCGGUGGUGGGGGCCGACGCGCUGCGCGGGGCCAGGUGGCUGCCCUCGCGCCUGCCCAUCAACGUCAAGAUGAUUGUCACUGUCACUGAGGAAGCGGACGAGCCGUCCAGCUCGGCCAUCAUGGCGGUGCUGUCGUCCGAGGACGGGCCCAAAGUCGUGCGCGCGCCGCCCGUCGGCCCCGACGAGGCUAAGGCGGUGCUGAUGACAUGCGCCGCUACAUUCAGCAAGAGCGGUGCGGCCCCGCCGCCCGCCGCCGCCGAGGCAGCUGUUCAGAAGUGCACCCAACCGCUCUAUGCUAAGAUCCUAGCGUGGCAGAUCUCGCUCUCCGCAGAAACCUUCACAGAGCAGUCGGAGCCGGAGACGGCGGCGGAGCUGGUGGUCUGUUCCGACCUGGAGGGGCAGCUCGCGCAGCUCCUCGCCGCCACCGAGCACGCGCUCGGCGCCGACAAGGUGAAGGAGUGUCUGUCGCUGCUGACGGCGUCGCGGCGCGGGCUGGACGACACCGAAAUAUUGGAUCUCUUGGCGCACAAUGAGCUGUUCAGAAGCGAGGAGACUUACCUCCCGUGGGCGCCGGCGUCCCUGUUCUGGCCGCAACUGGCGGCGCUGCUGCUGCCGUGGCUGCGCUGGGACGGCCGCGGCGCCGCGCGCUGGCGGGACGCGGCCCUGCAGGGGGUCGCCAGGGACAGGUACCUCCCAGACAACAGCCUGGAGGUUCGGCACACGCUCGUCGACUAUUUUAUGGGUAAAUGGCAUGAAGAGAACGAUCCUAAGAUGGCAGGCCGUCUUAUAUCACAGGAAAACAAGUUCUCGGAAGAAUACUACAACACAAGAAAACUCGAUGAGCUGCCAUACCAAGAGUACCACAUCUACAAAUCUGACCCGAAGACCUUCGCGACCCGCCCCUACUUCGUGAACCACACGUGGAUACGAGACAAGAUCGCCGCCACCGACUGCACACACUUCCUAGCAGACAUCGCACUGAUAAAACUGGACCCUUUACCCGAACACAUUCUUGUACUAAAAGACUUCCUCGAAACCCAUUCAUACGCGCUAGACUACGACCAUAGACAAUUCUACGGCCUGCUAAGAAUAACUCUAGAGAAACGCAUCAAAGAAGGAUUAGAACUGAAAUCGAGUAUUACCAAACAAUGGUUAGAAGUGGCUAAAAACCCGCCGAUUCCAACUUUAGUAGCGGUUAAUGAGGACUUCGCGAAGUUGAUUGAGGUAAAAGAGAAGAGAGAGUUGUCUAUGGUGGAAGGGUUUGACAGUAAGCACUAUGACUUGAUAGUGAGGCUGGAGAAAUGUGGGAAGUAUGUGGCGACUGUUUCUACGGAGAGAGAGGAUAUCGGCGUGUGGGAUACGACUACAUGCCGGCGCGUGCGCACGCUGACGGGGGUCACUCACCCCAUCAACCUGGUGCCCAUCGACCAGUAUAGAUGCGUGGUGCUGUGUCGACGGGAACUAAGGGUCUAUGACCUGGACAAGGGCGAAUUCGUGGUGGCGCUCAAGGGCGUGAUGAACCAGAAGAUGCCGUACUACGGGCUGCACGACGCACAGCACCUGGUGGCGCUGUCCCGGAACCGGAUGUACGUCAACCUGAUGAAUAUUGAGACUGGCGACUGCGUGACGACGUUCAAGGCGGGUGAAGACAGGUUUCUCAAUUCCCUGCUGGUUUCAGGGGAUGGAAGGAUUCUGGUGUGCGGCGACGAGACGCAGAAGCCGUUCCCGCUGCUGGUGUGGUCGCUGACCUCGCGCAAGCUGCUGUACGACCUGCGCAUCCCGCACCACGACUUCAUCACCUCCAAGGCCGCUAUUACUUACGAAGGUUCCUACGUAUGCGUAGUAAGCCGCGAGCUCGACGAACCCAGCCCAAACUUCAUAGUCGUGUACGACUUACAAUCCGGCACUCUGUUCAAGAAGUGGAAGCCGGGCUGCGACACCGUGGCGCUGGCCAUCAGCUCCAGAGACACUUGUGUAUUGAGCGGAUUAGCUGAUGCCAGGAUACUGGUGUGGGAUCUUGUUACUGGCAACUGCCGCCUGACGUUGCGCGGGCACGUGGCGCCGCCGUCGCUGCUGCGGCUGGCGCGCGGCGGCGGCGUGCUGCUGUCCGCCGACCACGCCGCCGGCGACACCUCCGUGCGCCUGUGGGACCUGCACACCGGCCAACUAAUAGCAGUCUACACGCCUCCCGAGCGCAUCACCUCAUGCGAGGUCCUCUGCGGGGGCUCCCUCAUCCCCCUGGCUCUGGAGAACCACAAGGACCUCAUCACCUUGCGUCUAGAAGGGCCACUCCCAGAGUCUGUCACCAGCGGGCAGGAGACUGAUGAACCCUACUACGGGGCUAAGGAAAAUGAUGGCAAGACGUUUGACUUGAAGGAGAGCGAACAGAAUUGCUGAUGUUUCUGCUGCUGGAUGGGAAGUGAGGAUACUAGGAAGGAAACGGUUGAGAAGGUUAUGAGAAAGCGGCAUACUGUCAGGUUUGCAGAUGAAGUUUGAGUGACUUGAGGUGUUUUGAGUUUGUGGUGGUUGUUGUGAAGAGUUUUAAAGGAAUUUGUCAGUUAGUAUUCAUUGAGUAAAGGCGGCCUCACAACGUGGGGUGAAGGUAGCAUAAACUGUAUCCCAAAUUGGCUGUCGGUACAGUCAGCGAAAGAGAAAAGUAUUAAGCGUCAAUGACUUGCACCAGGUAUUUAAACGAAAUUAAAUAUAUGGCUGGCUCAGAUCAAGAGAGCAAUAGAUUUAAUUUCGCAUAAAUGUUUGGUGCAAGUCACCCUUCAUGUAAAUCUGGUUCCGUAAAGCUUUAUAGCUAUACACUUUUGUACCUUGUCUGACUCGAAACAGCCUAUUAAUGUUUGACCAAACAUUGGUGGUUUGUUAAUUAAAUAAGAUACAAAAGUGUAUAGUUACUUCUGAAGUUGACCAUACUUUAAUGAUGGACAGAAAAAGUUGCCCUUAAGCAUCGAAGUAGAAAAAAAAGGCGAAAGGAAGCUCGCUAACUAAAAACUGAAGCACCCUAGUGACGAGCCGACACACACACACAUUCAUGUCACCGCCAUUGUUGUGGCAAUUUUUUUAGUUAGCGAGAUACCUUCCGCCUUUUUUUCAACUUCGAUGGCCUUAAGUAUAUUUAAUCGAAUUUGUAAAGGCACAAAUCCUAAACGCCAGUCAUACCACCUUUGUAUGGUUGUUUUAUGUAACUAUCAGAAUGUAAGGCUGGAAGGAAAUUAUGGCUCUCUCGACAUCUUGUCGAGACAUCUCGAGUUUUACAUACAAUAUUUAUAUUAUGAAGAAGCGAACUUCGACAUCAUGUCAACACUCGACAUAUCACGAGGGCUACAUACAAUAUUUCACUAAAUUUUCGAGAUGUGUCGUGUGCUAGGGAAUGUCAAGAGAGCAAAAAUUUCCCCCCGUCUUUAAAAAAUAUUAAUAACACGUACUUAGGUACGUAAAAACAGGUACCUUCUUACCUACCUACCGUGUAGAAAGUGGCCGAUGAGAUGAAAAAAUAAGGAAAAGAAAACAUUAAUGUUUUUGAUCUAUUACGCUUAUUAAUUACAGAUUUAAUAAAUAUUAAUUAAAAUAUGAUAUUUAGUGAAUUCGAUAUGGAUAAAGUUGAUGUCUAGAUGUAAGUUUUGACGAUGGUGUAUGUAGUUGUUAAACGUUUUGAGGUUUUCGAUGUAUCUUUAUGUGUUUUGUGCACAAAUGGUGGACAUCUGGAAGUAUUCAUAUAGUAACUAAAACUGUUAAAAAAUAUGUUGAUCACGUCGUGAACAAAUCAAAGCCUGUAUUAACGCUGAAUCAAUGGAUAUAACGCCCGCAAAUAAAGAAACAAU